GGUAAGACUAGCUUCACAUCGUGAGAACUAUUCAGAAGGUCACAUCGUUCUCGGGCGCGGAAACGACGGAGGAUCGUAUAGCUUGGAGGUUUUGAACGAAUGGACCAAGGGUGUUGUUAGACCGUGACGGACGGACGUCACGGAGGAGUUUUCAACCGAUAUGUCAAGAUGCGUAUCCUGACUUGGAAUGUGAACGUUUUGAGAACUUGCCUGGACUAUCAUCCUUUCUCAUCGUUGAAGAAACGCAACAUCGAGGGAUUACUGGAUGAGCUUGGCGCUCAAAUCGUAUGCUUCCAAGAGCACAAAACUCGUCGUCCACAACUGGACAAAACUAUGGCCUGUCCUGGACCAUAUGACGCCUUUUGGACCUUUCCUCGGUCCAAAACAGGUUAUUCAGGUGUAUGCACUUACGUCGAUUCUCGUAUUUGCGUCCCUCUCAAAGCUGAGGAAGGCAUCACCGGACUGCUGCUUGGUGAUUCGAGCAGUACCAUGCGACCGCCUUGGUCGGCGGAGGAGAGGAUAGGGUGUUAUCCCGAUAUGGAAGAGUUGUCGUUUGAAAACGAGCUCGAUGGGAGCGUUUUCGAUCCUAAGCGAUUAGACAUGGAAGGAAGGGCUGUGGUGUGUGAUUUUGGGCUCUUCGUCCUCUUCAACCUGUACUGUCCCAACGAGACAAACGAUUCGCGUAGACCGUACAAGAUGAACUUCUUCCAUGCCCUCCAAGCUCGGGUGAGGGCUCUUCAAGCGGCAGGAAGGGAGGUUAUCAUCGCUGGGGAUAUCAACAUCAUGCGAGCACCUAUCGAUUCUGGUGAAGGGGGUAUAAGAACUUCUGCAGAACAACAUUAUCAACAUCCUGCUAGAGUUAUCUUGAACGACUGGUGUGCUCCCAAAGGACCGAUGAUUGAUGUUGUACGGGAGAGUUGGCCUGAUAGGGAUGAUAUGUUCACUUGUUGGAAUCAAAAGUUGGAUGCGAGACCAUCAAAUUAUGGUUCCCGGAUAGACCUCAUCCUCUGCACUCCAGGUUUGAGACCCUGGAUCAAAGGUGGUGAUAUUGUUCCAAAAGUUUACGGCUCGGAUCAUUGUCCAGUCUAUAUAGACCUACAUGAAUCUAUCAGUCUUCCUUCCGGUCAAAUCCUCACUCUUCAUGACGCUCUCAACCCAUUGGAUCGACCACCGACGACAACCACAAUAUUUCCUAGUGAUGUUACUCGAGAAGCACCAGAACCACCGAGAUUCGCCACGAAAUUUUGGGACGAAUUUAGCGGUCGUCAAACCACUUUGAAGAGUUUCUUCGGGAGUGGACCAAAAGUUAGGAGCGUAUCGGUCAUCAGUACAGGGACCAAUGACGUCUCUCCAUCUCCUGUGGCCGGUCCGUCGUCCGGAGUGGCUGGAUUGGAGAAGACUGCAGAGCCGAUCAUGGAGGCCCGACCGUCGAUUUCGGUCAUUGAAGACACCCCUCAAACACCAUUUGGGAUGGCUCGAAUGGCUUUUAAUUCUAUCGACAAUCCAUCGACGUCGACCUCUCAGCCUCAAUCUUCAAGUGGUACUCAAAAGCGGAGAACAAGUAUUGAAAUAAUUGAUGAAGAUGAACCCUCUCCCAAACGUUCUACUUCACAGUCUAGUCAAUCGAAAGAAUCCAAGAACAGUAAUAAAAACAAGUCGAAACCUCCUACCAAUGGUCAGACUAAACUCUCUUCAUUUUUCGCUCAACCGCCCUCAUCGGCAAAACGGAAAUCUCCACCUACUCCCGUCCCCAAAUCUUCCAAAUCUCCCAAGUCGAAGACAACCCCAACGUCCCCCGCGGAGAAAGUCGAAAGAGGAACGACGGCUGAAGAAGACGCCUUGAUAGCUCAAGCUUUAGCGGAAGCGGAUGAAGUCAAAGCUCAAAAAAGAGCGAAAACCAAUGCUGAAGCUGCCCCCGUGUGGUCAAAUUUGUUCGCUAAGAAGAUUCCACCUUUGUGUACAGUACACCAACAACCAUGUAAAGAUUUUAUUGUGAAAAUACCUGGACCGAAUAAGGGAAAAAGGUUUUGGCUAUGUUCUCUUCCUGUUGGAGCGGGGUACGACACUGGAAGAUCGAAGAGACCUCGAGAAGAUGUCAAUCGUGAUUUCCGUUGUGAUUAUUUUUUAUGGGAUUCUGCCAAUCGACAGAAAGAGCAUACAGGUACUUCUGGGUGAAUUGAAUAUGUAUCACUAUCACAUUUU